UAAACUUUAUCCAGAACUAUGCACACUAAAAUCACAUGACUUUCACGUGACACUGUACUCUAAAGCUUACUCUGAACACACACACACACACACUUAGGAAUACACUAACAUCAGUUGUCGUAUAAAAGCAUUUCUUCUUUAAGCCAAAAUUGAUUUUUACAACAGAUUGUUUAAAGCAAAUCAAAGCAACGAAUGAUUGCAUUGAAGACCUCACAAGUGUUAAACAUUAGAUUCUUUUUGUACUUUUUUCUCCUUUAUGAUAUAUAGUGAUGUUAAUCUAAUGUUCCUUUAUUAAAUGGUUAAAAAAACAUUUAGCAUAAUUUUAUAUCCAGUCAGGAAAUCAAACUGAAUGAGUCAUUGAAUAGCUGUUCUAUUCUAUUCUGAUAUUCAAGGUUCAUUUAGUAUUUAAAAAUAUUCGACAAGAUUAUAUUUAAAUUGGGAUCAGUAAUUUGAAACUAUAUUUUUUUUAAUUUGAACCAUAUAAACAAAAAUAUCACUGGUAGUCUACUCUGUAAUACAUCCAAAAUUUACUGUAAUUAUAAAAGGAAUCCAUUUUAACUACUAUAUUGUUGUUUUAAUCUCAAUACUAUUGACAAUUUAAUUCUUAUCAGGCUUUUUCUCUUCUUUUUCCUUUUCACACUGGAUAGUAAAAAUAUUUCAACGUUCAUAGUGAAUAAAUUCUAUUAUGGAAAAAUUAAUUGAGAUAUUUUUCCAAUUGGACAAGGAUAACAAUGAAAUUGUUGAUAAACAAGAACUUGUCAAUUACUGUAAAGAAAACAAACUUGAUAUGAAAAUGGUUAAUGAAUGGUUGUCAAAGUGUGAUACAGACAAAAAUAAUAGAAUUACAUUCGAUGAAUUUUGUCGAGGAUUUGGUAUUAAGUUAGCCGAGAUGCGAGUCGAAAAAAUUGAAAGAGCUUUAAUUUAUGAUGAGACUGUGAAACCGAAACCAAUUAAUGUAGAUAUUAUCAAUUCAUCAAUGUCAGAGAAGAAACAAGCAGAAGUUAUUGAAACUUAUCAAAAACUUAUAAAACAAUACGGAUCAGAUGAAAAGAAUUUAGACAAAGUUACAAGUGGAUUGAAACAGUUUUUGGAAGAACAUUAUACAAAUGUUUGGCAUGUUCUCAUAUUGAAUGGUUCAUUUUGGAUGAGUUUUUCACAUGAACCAUUUUGUUCACUACAAUUUAAAUCAGAUAAAUAUACUUGUAGUCUUUGGCGUACACCAGAUGGUCAAAGAUUUGGUUCAUAA